AUGAAGUCUCUAUUUAUAUUCCCGUUUUUCUGUGCUAUUUCCGUCGCCGCAGCCUCCACCGCCUAUCCAUCCGUCCCCGGCCUCGAUUCCGGCGACUGCUCCCUCACCGGCGACGAAACGAAUCUCGUUCCUCCACGCCGCGAAGUCUACGAUGACGGACGAAUAUUCGAUAUCACCCACAGGUUCGUCCCUGAGAUGCCGGUUUGGGACUCUAAGGAAGGGUUAGGGCACUGUGUUUGGCUUGCUGCUAGCAUGAAGAAUGGCUCAUUCGCUAAUGGCUCGGCUAUGAAGCUCGGUGUUCACACAGGAACUCACGUUGACGCGCCGGGCCAUUUCUAUGAUAAUUACUACGACGCUGGAUUUGAUGUUGAUACCCUUGAUAUAGGACUCCUCAAUGGUCUUGUUCUUUUGGUUGAUGUUCCACGGGAUAACAACAUAACUGCUGAAGUUAUGAAGUCCUUGUAUAUCCCUAAAGGUGUACGCCGUGUGCUCUUCAGAACAUUAAAUACUGACAGGAAGCUUAUGUUUAAGAAGGAAUUUGACACAAGCUAUGUUGGAUUCAUGGAGGAUGGGGCAAAAUGGCUGGUGGAGAACACUGACAUCAAACUUGUAGGAGUUGAUUACUUAUCCGUUGCGGCAUAUGUUCACUCGGUUCAGUCUCAUCUUGUUUUUCUGGAAAGCAGGGAAAUCAUUCUUGUGGAAGGCCUUAAGCUAGACGAAGUCCGUGAGUCACAUGGUAGCAACAUAGCCCGAAUGUAG